AUGAGAGUCAGGAAGAUCAAAGACCUCCAGUUGCUCUCUGCUAUAGGGUUUACAGGUAAAGUGGUGGGCGGCCUGCACCUCCAGCAGGACCGUGGGUUGGUGUACCCGGUGGGCGUGGGCGUGGGCGUGUGGGACCGUGUGGGUGGCCGCCACGCACUCCUCCACGCCCACACCCGCCCAGUUACCGCCCUCGCUGUCUCCAGCUCCGGCCAGAUCAUCGUCUCCGCCCAGGAUAGCGACCCGGGCUGCCAGGCGCGGGUGGUGGUGUGGCAGUACGAGGCCCGGCGGGAGUACGGCAGCCACAGCCUCCACCGGGAGGAGGUCGCCGCCGUGGCCGUCACCGCCGGGGAGGAGUACGUGGCCAGCCUGGGCGGCGUCCUCGACGGCUACCUGGUCAUCUGGCACCUCCCCACACGCAGGCCACUUUGUAGUGUGGUGGCGGCGGAGGCGGGUCUGGGCACCGCCACCCACCUCUGCACCGCCCCCCGCACGCCCACGCUCAUGGUGGUGGGCGGCACGCGCACGCUGCGGGCGUGGUCACUCAACCCCCACACCAACAGGCUCACACCCACGCCCAUCUCCCUCGGUCUUCUGGAGAGGAAUUACACCUGUUUGCAGGUGGAGGCGAGGGAGGAGCUGCUGUACGCUGGCACCACCUCGGGGGACGUGGUCAAGGUCCGCCUCAACAUGUCUGCUGGUGAAGAACCAUUAACAACGCGGGUUCACAACAGGGCGCCAGAGCCUCUCACCAUUGCUAGAUCACUAUGA